AUGAUGAUUGAGGGUAAGCAUCUGCUGGUGUCGUACAAGCGAAUAGCAAAACUGGAUGACAGCAAAGCAGUUCUCACGCCCUUUAAAACAUCUAUUGACCGAUCAUCCAGCCGUGGCGAUUUCAGGCCCUGCUCAGAUACUUGUGGUACUCGUCACGCUCUCGGCUUUGUACUUAAUUCGACCAGGCGAUUUGUUCAAAAACGGGCGUCGUGGCGACACAGAAUUUCAGCGAUGAUUUUACAAAACCUUCUUCGCAUCGCGCUGACCGACGUACGCCGUGGCACUCGAUUCGACCGUAAGGGCAAUCAGGUUCCCUGUACGGAACUGUCUGCCGAGUCCGGCCGUAUGGAGGAAGAACGGGCGCUACAAGUGGAUAUGGUUACUUUAACAGAAUUCCGCCAGCGCGGGCUGUUGGCUGUCGAAGCGUAA